UAGUACUGUAAAUUGCUAAUGUUUGUGCCAGCUUGUUGGGGUUGGGACAGAUACAUAAACAGUGAGGAUGCCACUGUUUUCACAAAAUCGGCGGAUUGAGCGCGUGACCACAACAGCAGAAUUGUUCACUAAAUACCCACAUUUAAAGGAAAGUGCCGAGGCGUUUCGUUCUAAGCCUCUUCAAAUUGUCGACCAGAAGUGCCUCCUUUACGUGCAGCAACGUGAAUUUGCAGCCACAACACCUGCUGAUAAGUCUGUAACUAUUAUUGGCUCUGAGGAUGCAACAACAUGUCACUUAGUGUUAGUGCGGCACACAGGCAGCGGGGCUACCUGCCUGGCGCACUGUGAUGGCUCUAACACAUGGACAGAGAUUCCCCUUAUUGUGAAUGCUGUCACCUCGCUUAGCAAACCUACAAAAGAUGGCAGGUUGGAACUGCACCUUAUUGGAGGAUUCAAAGAUGACUCCAACACGUCUCAUAAACUCAGCCUUAACAUAUUGGCUACCUUUCAGAAUCAAAAGGAAGAAAUUCACUUAGAGACGUGCUGUAUCACAGAUAUGAAUGACAUUGUUACGGAUGGGAUUCAUAGACCAAUAGUUUAUGGGAUAGGAGUAAAUGUUAAAACUGGUGAGGUAUUCCCUGCCUCUUUUCCUUUCCAUGGACCAGCAGAGGAACUGCGUUCUGCAAGAACCUUCACGGGUGGACAGAUGGCUGCGAUAUAUGACUCCAGCAAAGAGCUGGUGAAAGUUGGUCCUUGCAAGUGGUCACCGAAUAGAGAUAUAGCCUUCUGGUUGUCUGCAGAUGAUGACACCAUCCUGAAGUACUUGUCAACAUCCCCUUUGGCCGAGCCUCCACAUUUUGUCCAACACAUCAAGUCCACUAUCCGGUUUCUCCUGGAUCACCCCAACGCGGACAGCCUUUUCCCCGGAGGCCGGCCUCAGCUUUUUCACAGGACCGAGCAAGGAGAUUGGGAACGCAUUCACCAGCAGUAAUCAAAGUCAAGAGACUGAGGGACUUGAAUCUGCACUUCCCCUUAAUCCUGGACAACACUGUGACCCGACAUGCGCCUUCAGAAAGAAGUGUCUCAGAUCGACGAUUGUCGCCAUUAUUAGUAAACGGCAUCAGUGAAUUUACCCAAUGAUCAUUUUUCAGAGUGAUGCUAAGAAAUGUUGUUGCGAGCGUGUGUGAGGUUGGGCUUGUUUUUAUAGCCAUGUUGAUUAACUGUACAUUAGACUUAACCAUAUGAUGAUCUCCACGUUACAAUAUAUGCAAUCCAUUAGAAACAUUGCAUGUAUAAUCAAAUACUUCUUUUUGUUGUAGUGUCUGUUUGUUUGUUUGUUUUCAACAACAGUUGUUUAAUGCUGUAUUGGUAGCAUAUUACUUCUGAUGAACCUUUUUGGACCUUGUAAGUUAAAUGGGCUGUAUAUAUGUCAG